AGGAAUGGCGCCCAACAGGUGUUCAUCGACUUCCAGAAGACGAAGUGUCCGUUCGAUAUGUGUCGAGACAUCCUCGAGUCGAGUGGUGUUCCGUUCGUUCAGUUCCAGACGGGUUGUUGUCUGAAGAACGGAGUCAUCCGAGACUGGAAUUGUCUGAACGAAGAUCAGCGCAAAAUACUUCUCAAGUAUUUGAAUGAAUACGUGAAUUGUCGUCAAUUGGAGGCCUUUGUGUGCGAAGAGCUGCUUCUGGUGUGCGCUAUAAUCGUCAAACGGAUCGCCAUCGAUGAGGGCAACGACUCCCAGUCGUUGACACAAAUCCUGACAUAUCUCUACGAAACGGUGUCCAACGCCGCCAGUGAUCACAACUCGCGGAUGGUUUGCUGCACUUCUAUACUAUCAGUGCUCAACGAGUACUCGUCGUCCACCAGAGCGUCUGACUUCGGCCUCUCGUGGGCCACACAUCUGAGGGCGAAGAAGAAGUUUGAGAACACGCACCUCAAGAGUAUCUUCAGAUGCGUUGUCUCAACGCUCGUCAAUCACUUGCGAAUCUCAGACAACGGGAGUCGAGGGCCUGAGUGGACACCAUUGGCCAGCAAACUGUUGCGGAUCUGCGAUUUCAUCCUUUCGUGGAACUUUGAUGUGAUCACUAUAUUCUCGUCCCAAUACGCCAAACACGUGGACUCCAUCGAGAACCCGGUCCUCCAACCCGCCAUCGACUGGAAGGAAGUGCUUCUGGACGGGGAUGUCAUCUCCAUCUUCAUGGAAAUGCAUUUAUGUCUUCGCACCACAAAUGAUGAGAAACUAAUGCACUAUUCAUUGCAAUGCAUUAAUCAGUUGUCAUCACUCAAUGGACCCAUUAUUAUAAACGCAGAAAACAGGAGUAAAUUCCUUAAGACUAUAAUCACGGGAACAAUAGGUUUAGUGAAACAGGUUUGCGAUACCAUUACUAUCGCAGAAGUGGUGCCAAUAAGUACUGUAAUCAACCGAAUCUGUGUUCGCCUUCAAUCCAGAGAUCAAAUUAAUUUCGUUGACAUUUCACUUCUCAAGUCUUUUCUCGAAAUGAUGGCUCAAAUCACGUGUAAAAUUAUCUUCGAUUCUCUAAACACUAAGGAUGAGGAAGACUUCGAGCGCUUUAAGCUAUCGAUUGACAAUCUGUUGAACUCUUGGAUGUCAAUGAUCUCUAUCAUCGAGAGGGCCAACAAACGCGAAGAGAGUGACACGAAUUCAAACAAUAGACAAGAAGUGGUCAAAUUGGAAGAGCUGUCGGUGUGGACGCGGCCUAUAUUUGAGGCAUUCGUUCGCAUUCAUCUGAGCCAACCCGAGGGUCUGAGACAACCCGUCAAUGAGGCAGAAGAAGAUAUACAAGAGUUUGAAGACAACGAUAUUGUCUUAUUCGGCGACCAAUUGAAUGCAAUCGGAUCUUCUAUCGAUCCUAUUGUUAGACUAAUCACCACUUUAUUGAAAUUGUGUCAAAUGGAGAAGUAUUUGUGCGAAAACAAUAUGAGUCAAUGGGUUAGCCCUCAAGUGUCCCUUUCGCUGACACUCUUUAUAUCGCGGUUUUUGUUGAUUUAUUUGUUGCCCAAUGAGAACGACUACCAGGAGAUGAGUAUUGCUCUGAAUUCGUGCUUUGGACGCGACUCCCCCUAUGCCAACCAUGUCCUCAAUCUCAUUGUCGACUACAUCAUCACUAAACUGGUCUUCUGGUCGAGUGAGACGCAAGUGACUGAAGAGUCGUCGUUAGCUUUAGUGCAUUUCGUCAAGAAUUGUAUCGAAAGAUGUAAAGCUCUCAACAAUUGUGUGAAUAUGAAUAAGUUGUUAAACAAACACUCGGCCAACGAGUUGCAGAACUUGUCGAUCAAUACUCGCAAAAACAUAUACCAAGUGUUGGUCCAUAUCGUGACCUAUAAUCAUGAGCUGUACGAUCAGUUGUUCCAACCAUUGAUGGAAAGGUACCAAAAGAUUCGGAUCUCUAUUGAAGAGCGAAAUACUGGCGAACCCUUGAGAGCGGCUGUCGUCGAGCUCUACGAGUGUUUGGAAGGCAUUGCUUGCGGCACAACGGCUGUCAAUAUCAACAACGUUUGGCCCAACUUUAUUGCACCCAUUUUUCAUGAUUUACCAAAAAUCCUAUCGUUUCUACAUAACUAUAAUUCGAUAGUUGUAGCGAUUCUUAACCUUUUAGCUCAACUCACAAAUAGGAUCCUAUGCUAUCUGUCUGACAAUGAUAUCAUCACUUUCUACAACACAUCCAUAGCUAUACUCAAUGAAUACGCCAAACAUAAUUGCAAUCGCAGUGUACGCGAAGGCAUUGAUGACGAGGAGACCUGUAACGACAUUCUCGUGAUUCUCAACUUUCUCAAUGACUUGGCCGCCAAAGACUUCAUCGAGUGGUUCCACGACAGCAGAGGAGAUCAGAACAACUCGAAUAUCAGUGCAACUCAAGUGGUGUUUGUCGGACUCAACAUAAUUAUGCCAUUAAUAUGCGCGCCAUUACUCGAGUUCCCCAAAUUGUGUCAAAGCUAUUAUAAGCUGAUUGUCUUCCUAUGCGAAGACCCGGAACGACUGCAUGGACUGCCCGACCCUCUGCUCCAAUCGAUCGUACAGAGCGUUCAACUCGCUCUCAAGUCUACGUUCGGCAAUGAAGUGAAGAGCAAUUGUUUGACAAUAAUCUCGGUGUUGGGCACUCAUGCGAUGCGCGAACCCAACAAAUUCAUAACAUUAGUCCAGUUCGUGGAGCCCUUCCUUCGCCUCAUCUUCGAGUUCACACUCUUCGAGUGCGGCACCAGUAAUGACGUGACUAUGAGGGAGAGUGUGGCCAACGCUCUGUUCUCUUUGAUCUGUUGCUUUCCCUCCAGAUAUCAAGAAUUGGCGCAACAGAUCAUCACCUCAUCUAAAGAAGAAGCCGUUCAAAAGCAAUUGCAAACGGCGUUUGAGAAGCUCAUGGAAGGCCUGUCUCUGGACGGCGCCCGAGUCCAUAGGGCGGCCUUUAAACGCCGCUUCGAGACCUUUGUUAUUGAGAUACAAGGAUUGCUUUGUAUAAAAUAAUUAUUUAUUUUAUUAUUUAGUUUACUUCCCAUUAUUUGACUCGUGAAACGUUUUAACAAUUCAUUAAAAAU